AUGAUGCAGCAGCCAUCAGGAGGAGUGGUCCCACAACAGAUUCCAUCAGAUCCGCAGCAGCAAUACCAGCAGCAGCCGCCGCAGCAGUGGAUGAUGAUGCCGCCGCAGCAGCAGGGCCAAGCCCCUCCGGCACAGGCUGGGUGGGCCCAGCCGGCACCUCAGCAGCAGUACGCGACCACACAGAAUCCUGGCCCCGAUGAGAUCCGCUCGCUCUGGAUCGGUGACUUGUUGCCGUGGAUGGACGAGAACUAUAUCCUUAGCUGUUUUGGUCCCACCGGAGAGGCUGUGACUGCAAAGGUUAUCCGUAAUAAGCAGACGGCGUUGCCAGAAGGUUAUGGCUUUAUCGAGUUUAGGUCUCGCAGUGCGGCUGAGCAGAUCUUGCAGCAAUACAAUGGAACACUGAUGCCCAACACGGAGCAGAAUUUCCGACUGAAUUGGGCAACCCUAGGUGCUGGCGAGAGGCGACAGGAUGAUGGUCCGGAUUUUACAGUUUUUGUAGGGGAUUUGGCUGCUGAUGUGACUGAUUACCUCCUUCAAGAGACAUUUAGAGCUGCUUAUCACUCUGUUAAGGGUGCAAAAGUUGUCACUGAUAGGACCACUGGACGCUCCAAGGGAUAUGGUUUUGUUAGGUUUGGUGAUGAAGGUGAGCAAUUGCGAGCCAUGACUGAGAUGAAUGGUCAGUAUUGCUCUACCAGGCCCAUGCGGAUUGGCCCUGCUGCUACUAAGAAACCAGCUAGUGGUGGACAGCAAUACCAGAAAGCUUCCUACCCAAGUACUCAAGGAAAUCCAGGCGAGGCUGAUCCAAAUAAUACAACAAUAUUUGUUGGGGGUUUGGAUCCCUCUGUCAAUGAUGACAUGUUGAGGCAAGUCUUCAGCCAGUUUGGUGAGCUAGUUCAUGUGAAGAUACCAGUAGGCAAGCGUUGUGGUUUUGUUCAAUUUGGUAAUAGAUCUUGUGCAGAGCAAGCAUUGGGAACGUUGAAUGGAACCCAAUUAGGAGGACAAAGUAUUAGACUUUCAUGGGGCCGCAGUCCUACAAGCAAACAGAACCAACCAGAUCAGGCACAGUGGAACGGCGGUGGUGGUGGAUUUUAUGGAUAUCCACAAGGAUAUGAUGCGUAUACAUAUGCACCUCCUGCCCAAGACCCUAACCUGUAUUAUGGAGGCUAUCAUGGAUAUGGAAAUUACCAGCAGCCUGGUGCUUACCAACAGCAACAGCAGCUGCCUGCCCUGGAGGCUGAAGCUGGGUAUCAUCAUGUUCUGGUGCAUCUUAGGUUGCGGUUUUAG